AUGCUCCCGCUUUCCGAGCAUAGAACCUCUGAGUGGGAUGAAGCGAUCGGCUUUAACUCCGGAUGUUCCGCGAGCAGGGACCCCCUAGAGGUACACAGCCUCUUUACGGCGAAGCUAGAUCGGCACGAAUGCCUCAAAGAGCUCUCCCAGCUUAACGUCGACCUGCAUGCUCAUUGGCGAGCCCUCCAGGAAUUAGACGAAAGCGGGGGAGUAAACUUCGUCACGUUCUGCGACCAUCCGCCUCCCCCGGUCGGCGAUGGGGUGUCGCUUGCCGAGAAGCUGCUUAUCAUGGCGCAAAGAUUCCAACAGGCUAUUACGAAUCUCAUUUGGGUUGUAAAGCAUGAGCCCAAGCCGCUACACCAACCUGGACAUGUCGUCGCUGACGAUGGAAUCACAACCGAUUCUUCUUCGUCUUACGUUGGGGAGCCGUUAUUAGGGCCUCUAGGUCGGGAGGAGGAUAGUUUCCAACCCACUUUUGGAGAUACAUUGGCUGAGCCAGAUGUGUUAUUAUCGUCCCCGUUCGUCUGCGUACUCGUCAGUUGCUACGUGCAAAUGAUCAACCUCUGGGAAAUCAUGUUCUUCCACGCACACCGGCGGGCCAUCGGCAUCGACCGAUACCCCCUUACGCUCUCCGAUCCCAGCAAGGGCGUUCAGCUAGGCGCCUUCUACAUGUUCAGCGGAAGACUGACGAGCAUGUUCUAUUGCCAAGCGGUGCUGUAUUUUCUCGACAACAUCGACCGGGGACUAGGUAUAUUGCCAGAGCAGAGGCAACAGGGCGUUUCGGGUUUGAUAUCACAUGCCCGCCAUUUCGAUAUGCUCCAGAAAGAGCUUGGUGGUCAGUUUAGCGAGGGGGGAAACGAACGGGUCCGGGGGUUGAAGGAUAUGGUUGAGAAAGCCAGGCUGCAUUCGGUACAAGAGUCGGGAAUUUAG